GGCACCCGUCCGGGGCCCGCGGAGGGCGGUCGCCCGAUACCGCCUACUUCGUCCGGUACAGGCGUCACCCGCUUCGUAUCCCGCUAUAUCUUAGAACUACAACAACACGGGACAGCCGCUGCUCAAGGAGAAAACGCCCUUCCAACGGUCCUGAUCAUACUAAAAUCACUGGAGAAAACACGCAAGCUUUAAUGGCGCACAGAGCGUACCAUUCGAGCGCAGCGAACGAGAGCAGCGGAGUGAGUGUGGCCGCGACUCGCGAGCGCGCGCGCUUGCUCGGCACGGAACUCUGCGCUGCGUCACAAUGCCAUUCAUAAACGCACCGCGCGCGCCGCCCGCCGUCACUAACUCACUACAGAUCUACUAUAAAAUCAAGACGACAACAGGCUGUUGAGGGGCGGAGUGCAGGCGGGUUGAAUUUGUCAUUGCAAUAGUACCAGGCGUCCAAUGGGCGAGGCACCCCACCCGCUUGCAGCGCGCCGCCGCGACGCCGACAUCCCGACCUACUCCGCCUUUCAAAUCAUCGCACAGAUAUACACAAACAAAUGAUGAUAUUAUCAACAGUCAAAACAAUCGCACAAACAACCUAACUCUACACGACAUCGAAUCGAGUACGGAAACCAGAGAGCGUGACUAGCCCCUGCAGCUUCCGGAUACGUUCAGAGCCCGCGCUCCGCAGUAGGCAGUUGGCAUCGGGCAAUCGUUGCGAACGAGUCAUCGGCUGGAGUGAGGGGGCGAUGAGGGGGGGGGGGAGAGAGAUGUAGCUGGUGUCAAUGAACGCCCGGAGGAAAUGGAUGUCUAGACCAUAGAUACUUACUUCAAUUAAUUUGAAGAGAACGUAGUAUGUGUGUGCCUCGAGAGCACUAUAACGAAAAAUAACAUGUAACAGGUCACGGCCCAGUUUGCGGAGCUACGAAUCAAAACAACUCGUUCGUACCAAUUCUAAGAUUCGACAGCUUUUGACGCUUUGACAUCUUCUUAUGAAAACGUCGACGAGCUAGCUGUUUCCUCGUUUUCCUUACCCGCUUGUUGAGUUACCAAGAAGAGGAAUCCUUAUUAAGCAGAUUGAAAAGUUCCAAAAUAAGUUGUACUUCAAAUGAUGAGUGCGGUUAUAUGAAAACAAUCCAACAUACAACCAUGAACCAGACAACAUAAAAGAUUGAAGUGGGGGAUGGUUUACCUUCAACAAUAUGCAAGGAUUGCAAAGACAAGGCAGUUAGUGCUUACAACUUUAGAACACGUUCAGAGGAAGCUAAUGUGAUGUUAUGUGGUUUGUUAAACAAAGAAAAAUUUGAUCGAAAUAAAAAUCAACAUUCUAACCUCCAGACAAAAGUUGUUGAAGUAAAAACAGAGCAAUAUAAUGAGAGCAGUCAUGACAAUUAUAUAGAUUUGGAUCUCUCCACUGCUCUCAAUACUGAUCACGAACAGUAUAAUAAUGUGGAUGAUGUAAAAAAUGAAAGUGACAUCCGACCUAAGGACAUACAAGAAAAUAGCACUGUGAAUCCUGACACCGAUCUCAACAAUUUAACGGAAGAUGACAAUAAUAAAGAUAGCACAUAUUGUCCCAUAUGUGGCACUAGUUUCUCAGAUGCUGUGGCCCUCACAAAACAUGCUUGGGAUAGACACGCUGAUCUUAUGGGACCCAAAAAACGGGGUCGGCCCAAGAAACUACUGACUAGUACUAUUUUAAGCAAAUUAUCAGAAAAUGGUUAUAAUUUAAAAAGUCUCCCACAUCAAAAACACAAAUGUGCUUUUUGUAAAGAUGAUUUUAAGGCUAAAGAUGAUUUGUUGUUGCAUAUGGUCGAACACAGGGAUGUUAAGUUGUUAAAAUGUCUGGUUUGCAAAAAAAUUUACCUCACAAAGAAAGAUUUUGAUGUACACAACUGUGGUCAGGACGGAGAAAUAAAUAAUUUUAAACAAGGAGAGCAUCUAGAAACUACAGUUGAGAAAUUUAAAUUAUGUACUGAAAUUAUGCUUCAAGAGAUCUUAUUAACAAAUUGUGAUGCGGAUAAUCCUAGCAAUGUUGAAGUGUGUGAGGCGUGUGGUGGCGUUUUCACUGCCAUGGAAAUCAGUACACAUAGAGAUCAGGAACACCCUGAACUGUCUCUGCGGUGUCACAUGUGUGAGAAGGUGUUCGCAACCUUGAAGUCAGCGAGCCGGCACCGAUCCACGUGUUCGUUGGUGGAGCGUCUUUUCUCGUGUUCUUCUUGCGGCAUGAGGUUCGCGCACGAGGUUACUCUCAACAAACACAUCCUGAGAGCUCACGCCGGUCAGAGCGUGUCAGUCAGGUUCAUGGACAGGGGAGCGCCACCACAAUACAAGUGUGACACGUGCAACAGACGGUUUCAGAGGAAAGAUCUGCUAACAAGGCAUUCUAAGAUACAUAAAAAUUCUGACAAAUUUUUUGAAUGUGAUGUCUGCAAAAAGAAAUUUCAUAGAAGAGAUAAUCUAAGAGCCCACGUCCGUAUUCACGACGGCACCAGUUCGUCAGCCGGUUCAAGCGCCUGCCUCUGUCUCUACUGCGGCAGAAGUUUCUCAAAUUCCUCUAAUCUCAUAGUUCAUAUGCGUCGACAUACCGGUGAGAAGCCAUACAAGUGCGACUUCUGCGGGAAAGGGUUCCCGCGUUCGUCUGACCUCCAGUGUCACCGACGAUCUCAUACCGGCGAGAAACCUUGCAUAUGCGGAGUGUGUGGAAAAGCCUUCUCCCGGAGCAAUAAGCUGUCGCGUCACAUGCGUGUACACACGGGAGUCAAGCCGUACAAGUGUUCUUAUUGCGAGAAGGCGUUCUCACAGAGCAACGAUCUAACGCUACACGUCCGGCGACACACGGGCGAUAAACCUUACGUCUGUGAAUUAUGUGGGGAUCGCUUUAUACAGGGUACAGCUCUUCAUAAUCACCGUCGCGCCCAUGGUCACUUCCCGCCAUCGACCCAACCGUUGCCUCCUAUAGUGUACACCGUUCAGACGAUCACGCAGACAUAAGACGGACAUACACACGACUUAUAGCAAUAUAUAUGGAAGACUCUCAUUUCAUAACCAGCUUAUGCUCCACUGAGCAGUCUUUACAAAUAUCACAAAAAAAAUAUUUUAUGCUCCACAAACAUAUGACCGUUUGAAGUCUUCGUAUAAGAAUAGUAUAAGAUUAUAUGAAUAUCCUUUCGAGUAUUAGACAUUUUUUAUUAAUAGCCAGCAAUAUUGUCCGUGUGUGUAAAUAUAGACAUUGUAAGUCUUUUAAAUGAACAUAUUUUGAUGAUAACAGAGUUUGUUAAAUUGUAAAGUUUUAACUUAGAAAAAGUUUAUGUAUAUUGUAUAGUGUUUUAUUUCUUGAUAAUAUUGAAUAUGAAAAAAAAUAAUAAUCAAUAGUUUCUAUGUGUUUUUAAUGAUUUUAUUUAAUAUACUGAUUUUUUUAUACAUGUGGUAAUACAUUUUUCUAUACAUACGAUCCUAUAUUAUUUAUUAAUUCACGCUCUUGUGACAAUUAUAUCCUGAGCACUGAAAUGGAAAUUUUUAUUUUUGCUUUUUAGUUUCAAACAAUACGACAUGGUUUAAGGUUAGUGCAAAAUGCGAUGUGUUGAAAAAUAGACUUUAAUGUCUUACCCGAUGGAUGCUUUUUGCACUUUAAUACACUUACCAUAGAAACACAAGCCGACCCAUGGCACUGAAUGCAUAAUA